AUGCUGUGUGGCUUCGGUGCCGUCUGCGAGCGCAACCCGACCGACCCGUCCAAGGCCGAGUGCGUGUGCAAGAAAGUGGAGUGCCCCCUGUUGGUGGCUCCCGUCUGCGGCUCCGACUCCUCCACUUACACCAACGAGUGCGAGCUGGAGAAGGCCCAGUGCACCAACCAACGCCGCAUCAAGGUUCUCCGCAAAGGGCCGUGCUCUUUCAAAGACCCAUGCUCUGAAGUGGUCUGCAGCUAUGGCAGCACCUGUAUCCAGUCCUCAGACGGUAUGUCGGCCAAGUGCAUGUGUCCUCUGGGCUGCGAGGGCAAAGCGGAGAAGCCCGUGUGUGGCAGCGAUGGGAAAGACUACAGGAACGAGUGUGAGCUGCACCAGCAUGCCUGCAAGAUCCAGAGGAAUAUCCGGCUGCAGUACCAGGGGUUGUGUGACCCAUGUGCCGAGAGCGAGAACGGAGAGAACAGCCUGAAUAGCCGGUGUCGUGUGGACAGCCUGACCCGGCAGCCCCUCCUCUACAGCCUCCCAGAGUCCUGUCCGCCCGAAUCAGAGCCACUGUGCGGCAGUGACGGAGAAACCUACCUCAGCGAGUGCGCCAUGUACGCAACCAGACUGCAGAAGGGCGUCAAGAUCACCAAGGUCCACUCCGGGCGCUGCCGGAAACACGAGAUGUGUAAAGAGGAGUGCCUGUUCAACGGCGUCUGCGUGGUGGAGCAGCUGACGGCACGCUGCUCCUGCGACCCCAUCGAGUGCGACGGCAGCUACGAGCCCACCUGCGGCAAGGACGGACACACCUACAUCAACGACUGUGUGAGGCGCAAGGCCGAGUGUCUGAGCAGGAGCCUCAUCCCGGUCAAACACAAGGGGGCAUGUGAUCUCCACGUGCCCAGCCCGUGCGUUGAUAAAGUGUGCGAUCACGGGGCAGUCUGCGUGGUGAAGAAUAACGAUCCGGUGUGCGAGUGCCCCGAGGCCUGUCCGCAGACGUCGGACCCGGUUUGUGGAUCAGACGGCCAGAGCUACGGCAGUCCGUGUGAGAUGAGAGCCAUGACCUGUGCUCUGCAGAAGGACAUCCACAUCCAGCACAAAGGACCUUGUGAUGAUGCUUGUACCAACUGCUCCUUUGGUGCAAUCUGCGACGCCCAGAGCGGUCAGUGCGUGUGUCCGUCCGAGUGCGUGGACUCUCACCAGCCUGUGUGCGGCAGCGAUGGCACUACAUACAACAGCGAGUGUGAACUGCACGUCCGGGCCUGCAAGGAACAGAUGGACCUACGCGUUGUCGGCCAAGGAGAGUGCAAGACGUGCGGUAGUGCCAUGUGUGCCUGGGGGGCCCGCUGUGUCCAAAACAAGUGUGAGUGCCCGCAAUGCCCGGACGAGCCCCCGUCACCGGUGUGCGGCAGCGAUGGCACAACCUACGACCACAAGUGCCUCCUCCGCAUGGCUUCCUGCUUACAGAAGAGGCGGAUCGAUGUGGCCAAAGCCGGAAGCUGUGACGACGAUUGUGGUUCGGGAGCGUCUGGAUCCGGGGUGGAGAGCUGUGAACAGGACAAAUGCAAAAUGUUCGGAGGAUCGUGGGACGAGGACGCAGAGGAGGACCGCUGUGUGUGUGACUUCAGCUGCCAAAGUGUCCCUCACAGUCCGGUUUGCGGCUCUGAUGGUAAAAACUACAGCAACGAGUGCGAGCUGAAGAAGACCCGAUGUGAGAAACAAGAACACCUUCAGAUCCAGAACCAGGGUCCGUGUACCGCCGUAUCAGCCACGCCAGGACCAGCCCUGGCAGAGCUCCAGCACUGCGGCCUGUCGGUGUAUGGAUGCUGCUCUGACAACAUGACGGCCGCACUGGGGGUUGGACAGGCCGGGUGUCCCAGCACGUGUCAGUGUAAUGCCUAUGGGUCGUACAAAGGGACGUGUGACCCCGCCUCCGGACAGUGCUCGUGUAAACCCGGAGUGGGCGGUCUGAAGUGUGACCGCUGUGAGCCCGGAUUCUGGAACUUCAGAGGGAUAGUCACUGAGAACAUGAGCGGAUGCACCCCGUGUAAUUGCGACCCGUCGGGCUCGGUGAGAGAUGACUGUGAGCAGAUGUCCGGCCUGUGCUCCUGUAAGACCGGAGUAAAGGGCAUGAAGUGUAACGUGUGUCCAGAUGGAAGCAAGAUGGGCAUGAGCGGCUGCGACCACGCGAGCAGAGAGGACCGCUCCAGUGAAGGCACGUAUCUAUUGACCAACAAGUUAGCACAAACUGAGACAGCGGUCAGGGGGGGGGGGGGGGGGGGGGGGGGGGGGGGGGGGGGGGGGGGGGGGGGGGGGGGGGGGUGGGGGGGGGGGGGGGGGGGGGGGGGGGGGGGGGGGGGGGGGGGGGGGGGGGGGGGGGGGGGGGGGGGGGGGGGGGGGGUGGGGGGGGGGGGGGGGGGGGGGGGGGGGGGGGGGGGGGGGGGGGGGGGGGGGGGGGGGGGGGGGGGGGGGGGGGGGGGGGGAGGGGGGGGGGGGGGGGGGGGGGGGCGGGGGGGGGGGGGGGGGGGGGGGGGGGGCGGCCCGAGGGGGGGGGGGGGGGAGGGGGGGGGGGGGGGUGGGGGGGGGGGGGGGGGGGGGGGGGGGGGGGGGGGGGGGGGGGGGGGGGGGGGGGGGGGGGGGGGGGGGGGGGGGGGGGGGGGGGGGGGGGGGGGGAGGGGGGGGGGGGGGGGGGGGGGGGGGGGGGGGGGGGGGGGGGGGGGGGGGGGGGGGGGGGGGGGGGGGGGGGGGGGGGGGGGGGGGGGGAGAGGGGGGGGGGGGGGGGGGGGUGGGGGGGGGGGUGGGGGGGGGGGGGGGGGGGGGGGGGUGGGGGGGGGGGGGGGGGGGGGGGGGGGGGGGGGGGGGGGGGGGGGGGGGGGGGGGGGGGGGGGGGGGGGGGGGACGGCUGGAAUGACAACAGGGGGCACACAAGAAGGGAGGGAAAUGGUCAUAGAGCUGGCCGUGACCUGCAUCUACCAUACGGUGUUAUCACCUGUAGAGUCCAUCUCCGACCCAGGCGAGCAACCCACCCCAAACCCUCCCGCCACCACCCUCAGCUCACCCACCACCUUCGCCACCAUCUCUCCCAACCUGGUCUACGGCAUCCCACCGCCAAGGACCGAGGACAUGGACCCCACCACCGCCAACCCGCCAAGCUCAUUACCCACAAACCCCGCUUCCACCCACACGCACCCACAGCUCGAGCCCACCAGCCCGCCGCCCGUGUCCCCGACCCGCCACAGCUCCGAGCCUGCAGCGGUCACUUUCGACGGGUCAGGCAGCGGAGAGCCCAGCGGAGACGACCAGGCUGAGGAUGAGGAGGAGGGCGAGCCUGGCAGCGGGGUCCCGACAGAGGCCAGUGGGGGAGAGGAGCCUGGUCCCACUGUGGCCAGCACCACAGUUCCCACAGCAGAAGACAGAUCCUCUUGCGACAACGCUGAAUUUGGCUGUUGUCCCGAUGGAAUCACGGCGGCCGGUAACGCAGAAGGCUCCAACUGCCCCUUCACUACGAAGUUCAGCGGCUUCCUGCAUCUGGACCAAGUGGAGGGCCAGGAGGUUUUCUACACUCCCGAAAUGGAAGACCCAAAAUCAGAGCUGUUUGGAGAGACAGCCCGCAGCAUAGAAAACGCUCUGAACGAGUUGUUCCGGAAGUCCGACGUGCACAAGGACUUCAUGAGCGUGCGCGUGAGGAACCUGGCUCCGAGCAGGUCCAUCCUGGCUUUUGUGGAGGCCCACUUCAAACCAGGCACCAAGCACAGUGUGGAGGACAUCGAGAAAGCGCUGCUCAAACAGCUCAAGGCCUCCAGGGACACCAGCAUCACCGUGAAGAAGCCAGAAGAUCAGAACAUUCGAUUUAAUUACAGCCUCCCGUCCGUCCCAUUCUUCACCACCACCAGCAUGACCACCACAGCCUCGGUGACCACCCCAGCCCCUGCCACCACCACCACCACACAACCUCACUCCACCUCCGCCCACGUGACUCGCCGCCCGCCCGGCACUACCCGCAGGCCCUUCAGCACCAGACGCACCACCACAGAGUCUCCGGUCACCACUACAGCCCGCGUCACCAGCCCUGCCAUGUCGCACACCACCACACUUCCUCCAGGUACCACCAGGAGCUCAGGCAGGGGCAGAGGUCACCACAUCAGCACAGGGAAGCCCUGCGACUCUCACCCCUGUCUGCACGGGGGCACCUGUGAGGACGAGGGGACCGAGUUCACCUGCAAGUGUCCCGCGGGCAGAGGGGGAGCCGUGUGUGAGAAAGUUAUCAAAUAUUUCCUCCCAUCCUUUGGCGGAGAAUCUUAUUUGGCUUUCCAAACCAUGAGUGCUUACCACACGGUACGCAUUGCCAUGGAGUUCAGGACAUCAGAAAUGACCGGCAUCUUGCUUUACAACGGCCAGGAUGGGAAGAAGGACUUCAUCUCGCUCGCCCUGGUCGAUGGUCGUGUGGAGCUCAGGUUCAACACUGGCUCUGGCACGGGAACUCUGGUCAGCAAGGUGCAGGUGGAGCAGGGCAGGUGGCAUCAGCUGGUGGUGACGCGAAACCGGCGUAACGCCAUGUUGAGUGUGGACAGUGAAGACCAUGUGGAGGGAGAGAGCCCCCGCGGAACAGACGGGCUCAACCUGGACACCAACCUCUUCAUUGGAGGAGUGCCGCUGGAUAUGAAACAGGAUGUGAAGGAGAGGACUGGGGUGGACGCAGGGCUGGUGGGCUGCAUCCGCCUGCUGGACGUCAACAAUAGAGUCUUGAACCUGCAGGAGAACGGGGGAGACAGUCUGUUCGGCAGCGGAGUGGGAGAGUGCGGCAACAACCCCUGUGUGCCCAACCCCUGCAGGAACGGAGCAGCCUGCCAGGUCAAGGAGGCCGAGAUGUUCCACUGCAAAUGCACCAGGGGAUUCUGGGGUCCAACUUGUGCUGAUGUCCAUGACCCCUGUGAGCCCAACAGGUGCCAUCCCUCGUCCCAGUGUCAGCCCCAGCCAGAGGGUGGCUACAAGUGUGAAUGUCCCAUGGGCCGAGAGGGCAAGCACUGUGAGAAAGUGCUGGAGCGGCGGGGAGCUUACAUGCCGCUGUUCAAUGGGGACUCGUUCCUGGAGCUGAAGGGGUUGCAUCUCUAUGGGCACGAUCUGCGGCAAAAGGUCAGCAUGACAGUGGUGCUCAUGGCCAACGACUCCAAUGGUGUGAUCUUCUACAACGGCCAGAAAUCCGAAGGCAAAGGAGACUUCAUCUCUCUGGCUCUGAACAAUGGCAUUCUGGAGUUUCGCUAUGAUCUGGGCAAAGGGCCUGCAACCAUCAGGAGUAAGCAGCCCAUCCAGCUGAAUGUUUGGAACACUGUCAACCUGGAGCGCUCCAACCGAAAAGGAGAAAUUAUGGUCAACAAGAAGGACCCGGUCCGAGGGGAGGCACCGAACCUCCACGUGGACCUGAACCUGAAGGAGUCUCUGUUUGUGGGCGGAGCUCCGGACUACAGCCGUCUGGCCCGAGGAGCAGCUCUCACCGUGGGCUUCAAGGGAACCAUCCAACAGAUGACACUAAUGGGGACUCCGAUACUUCGUGAGGAGAACGCCCUCCGCUCCAGUAACGUGGCCAUGUUCCAGGAUCAUCCGUGUUCCCAGGAGCCCUGCCACAACGGCGGCCGUUGUAACCCCCAGCUCGAGGUGUACGAGUGCGUCUGUCUCAGCGGCUUCUCCGGGGCGCGCUGCCAAAACACAAUCUACGAGAAAUCAGCCGGGGAGACGGAGGCCAUUGCCUUUGACGGGCGGACAUUUAUUGAGUACCACAACGCGGUUACAAAGAGUGAGAAAGCCCUGCUGGUGAACAAGUUUGAGCUCAGCCUGCGGACCGAGGCCACCCAGGGGUUGGUUCUGUGGAGCGGGAAAGGCGUGGAGCGCUCGGACUACAUCGCUCUGGCCAUAGUGGACGGACAUGUGCAGAUGACCUACGACUUGGGUUCCAAGCCGGUGGUGCUGCGCUCCUCUAUCCGCGUGAACACCAACCGCUGGAUACGCAUCAAGGCCAGCAGAGCACUUAGAGAUGGUUCGCUACAAGUGGGAAAUGAAGCACCGGUAACAGGGUCGUCACCGCUGGCUGCAACUCAGCUGGACACAGACGGAGCACUCUGGCUAGGAGGACUGGAGGAGCUGUCCGUGGCCCGCCGUCUGCCCAAAGCCUACAGCACUGGUUUUGUGGGCUGCAUCAAGGACGUGGUGGUGGACGGAAUAGAGCUCCAUCUGGUGGAGGACGCCCUGAACAGCCCCCAAAUACUACACUGUUCUGUCGCCAAAUAA